UCCCUCCGCUGCCCCGGUGUGUGGUGUGUGGUGUGUGGUGCUUGCGACCCGCUGUGCCGACCGACUGUGUCCACUGUGUGCGCGCUGCUGCUACUGCACGACACGGGAGACACCGGCGUGGUGGUGAUUGGAGAGUCCUGCGGAGAGCUCCCGCGCCCCAGCGCUGCCUCAGGAGCCCAGCCGGCUUGAUCACCCCGGUCCUCGCUGCCUCCACGACGCCAUGAGCUGUGUCCUGAACAGAGUCGUCCCCUUGGGGCUGGUGCUGCUGGUCUGUGGAGCCCAAGGCUUUUUCCUGCCCAACGUCACCGACUUGGAGAAGCUUCUCAGCAAAUACCAGCAGGACAAUCCCCACUCCCGGGUCCGGAGGGCCAUCCCCAGGUCGGACAAGGAGGAGAUCCUCAUGCUUCACAACAAACUGAGGGGCCAGGUGUACCCCACGGCCUCCAACAUGGAGUACAUGACCUGGGACGAGGAGCUGGAGUGGUCGGCGGCGGGGUGGGCUCACGAGUGCCUCUGGGAACACGGGCCCACCAGUCUGCUGGUGUCCAUUGGGCAGAACCUGGCCGUCCACUGGGGCAGGUACCGCUCUCCUGGCUUCCACGUGCAAUCCUGGUACGAUGAGGUGAAGGACUACACCUACCCCUACCCCCAUGAGUGCAACCCCUGGUGUCCAGAGAGGUGCUCCGGGCACAUGUGCACCCACUACACACAGAUGGUCUGGGCCACCACCAACAAGAUUGGCUGUGCUGUGAACAUCUGCCCAAGGAUGAAGGUUUGGGGAGAUGUUUGGGAGAAUGCAGUCUACCUCGUCUGCAAUUACUCUCCAAAGGGGAACUGGAUCGGAGAAGCCCCGUACAAAACCGGCCAGCCUUGCUCCGAGUGCCCACCCAGCUACGGAGGCGGCUGUAAGAACAACCUGUGUUACCGAGAAGAGACAUACAGCCCCAAACCUGAAACAGACGAGAUGAACGAGGUGGAGGUGGUUUCCGUUCCCGAUGAGAAGCACAUCUGGGUCCAGCCGAGGGUGGUCAGACCCACGAAGCCCAAGAAAGAGCCCGCAGUGAACUACAUGACCCAAGUUGUCCAAUGUGACACCAAGAUGAAGGACAAGUGCAAAGGGUCCACAUGCAACAGGUACCAGUGCCCCGCAGGCUGCCUGAACGACAAGGCGAGGGUCUUCGGAACUCUCUUUUACGAAAGCUCUUCCAGCAUAUGCCGGGCCGCCAUCCACUACGGAAUCCUGGAUGACAAAGGUGGCCUGGUGGACAUCACCAGGAACGGGAUGGUCCCCUUCUUCGUCAAGUCUGAGAGGAAUGGCGUGGAGUCUUUGAGCAAAUACAAACCUUCCAGCUCAUUCGUGGUGUCAGAAGUAGAAGUGCGCAACCUGGACUGUUUCACCACUGUUGCUCAGCUCUGCCCGUUCAAGAACACAGGGACCCACUGCCCCAGAGUUCAUUGUCCAGCACACUGCAGAGACGAGCCAUCCUACUGGGCUUCUGUGUUUGGAACUAACGUCUAUGCAGACAGUUCAAGCAUCUGCAAGACGGCCGUGCACGCGGGAGUCAUCCAGAACGAGAGCGGGGGUUACGUGGACGUGAUGCCCGUGGAUAAGAAGAAGAUCUACGUGGGUUCGCUCAGGAAUGGAGUCCAGUCUGGAAGCUUGAAGACCCCUCAAGACGGAAAGGCCUUCCGAAUCUUUGCUGUCAGGCAGUGAAUUUCCAGUGCCGGGGAGAAGGGGGCAUGCGUCUUCAAGAGGGCUUCGGGGUUUUGCUUUUUAUUUUUAUUUUGUCAUGCGGGGGAGGGGGCUGGGCUGGGGAUAUAGAGAGGCAGGAAACUUUCUUUGAAUGGCGUUCAGUGUCUCACCCUUUGUGCCUUUGUCUCGAACCACAUGGAGAAAGAGCGUCCUUGGGGUCCUGGCUGGACAGCUGGUGACUGGUCCUGCUGAGGCCGGGGGUCUCUAUCUGCGUGCCCUCUCUGCACGGACGGUCACCAAGGUGUCGCGCCUCCCCAGGGCUCCUCCGCGGGCAGGGAGAGGGGUCCAGGCCCGCAGAGAUGGCCAGAGGCAUGCAGGGGCUGGAAGAGGCAGAGCGAGCGCCCGAAAGGCGAGUUCCAGGAGUGGGGUAGAAGGUGGUUAUUUAAAAAACUGAAAACACAGUCCGUCCCUACCAAUGGAGAAAAAUGGGUUUCAUGUUUGCUGGUCAGACACAUGAGCUGGAACCAGGGGGCUGGGGGAGCGAGGCCCAGGCCCUGUCCUGGCACCCGCCGUCCUUGCCGCCCCCCCCACCCCGCCUCCCACAGGCUGGUUCUGUAGACAGCAGUGCUGGUUUAUUUAGAGUUCCACAGUAACUCCAGAGAUUUAUCUUGUCUUUGUCAUUCCCUUUGUCCAUGUGGCCCAUCUGUUUGCUGCCGUGACCUUUGGUCUCCUUGAGGACAAAUGAACCAGGACCCUUCCUUUGCCCCCUCCCCACGCGCUCGGCUCCUGGCCCAGCCCAGACUGGUUUAUGCAUCCCUGUACCCGCCCAGGUCUUUGCUUUGCAUGCGGUUCUGUUCGCAACCCACUUUUUUUUUUUUAAACUCUUAAUGUCUGUUGGUUCCAUUGAGGUGUCUGCGAACAGCCAAAGGAGGGCUGUUUUAUUGCUGCUUUUAAAAAGUGACAAUGAAAUACGCAGAGUCCCCGUGCAUCGGAUGACCCAGUUUUUAGCAGCGGGAGGAAUGGAUUCCUGAGUACAUUCCUCGCCCAGGUUAGCAGCUCUGGGAAGAGAAACAGUUUGUGGUUAUGAAACCAUCCUGCGGUGUAAUAGCAAGAGAUGGUAACACUCUAGAAGGAUUUCUCUUCCUGUUUUUGUGGAACAAGUCUUGCCAAAUGCUCCUUGGGCUCUGAGGAGCACGGUGCUCUCUGGGUCCCACUUUAUAAAAGUUCUUCAGGAGCCCAGACCAAAAAGCCGCAGUGAAAUAAAAUACCUUUUUGUAAAUAGCAUUGCUUUGCAGAAGGUAAAAUUCCGCCCUCUGCCACCAGGCUGCCCGAUCUGUCACUUUGGUGAAUGCCGGGUUUACAUUCGAUUUUACCCUCCAUUGAAAUAAGUCAAAGGCAAGGGAACUAGCAGACGGUUUAAAAAAAAACAAACCAAGCAAAGCAAAACUAAGACGGUUCGGACGAGGAAGUCUACCUGGGGAAGUAAGCUGGUGUGUUGUCGACAGCAUCCCUUGUUCGUGCACAUGCAGGAGGUCAAUAGCUUCCCUCCUCCACCGUCAGGAAUUGGGUAAGAGCAGUGCAACCCUUAGCUCCAUGUGGCUGAAGUCAGCAGAGCUGUUUUCCCUUCGUGCACUGUGAGCUUGACGAUUCAACCCCAACUGUCAGAGCCCAAGAAUUUGGUCAGCCUGUCAGUUAUGUGUCUAGUUAUAGCCCAAAGAUCUGAGUACUUGGAAACUUCUGGAUUCUAGGUGUUGUGUUGCUGGGCGCUUGCUUCCUCAGCCUCUGCUCUGCCACCAGCCUUCUGUGGCCUGUGGCUUUGUUGGGACUGUAGGCCUGGGGUUUUUAGAAUUCGUGACCAUCCAGGGGCUCUUCCCAGAAGCAUCCUUCCCAAGCGAGAAUCUGAAACGUCCGGUGUGAGCGGACCCCAUCGUGUUCGACUCGAGUCCCCCGGUUGCUGGCCGCUUCAGUAACCCGCUGGCCUGAUGGGAGCGGCAGCCCUCACCUGGAGCCGUAACUCUCUCCUCUCCGUACUCACCAAUAACUUGCAACUGGAACCAUUUUUCUUCUGAAAAUGGAAACAAGGCCACAAAGUCUAAGCCCCUAUAAUCAGAGACCACCUCUCAUUUUGUGUGCUAGUAGGACCUGUCGUGCCGUCAGCACGUAACCCACGUAGAAAGAUGACAAAUCAGGCGAGCGGUGUUUCUGGGUCUCCUGCCCCCAAAAUGAAAAGUUCUCGCUUCCUGCAGAUUUCUGCCCUAUCAUGUUCCGGUUUUUUAUGUUGUCUGUAGGCUCACUCAGCCCGCAGCUUACAUGUGUGCUUUUUUCUAUGAAAAAUGAUGUAUUUUACUACUUUCUAUGUACCAAAGUUGGUUGUAAAUUGUGUGUGCGCGUGCGUGUGUGUGCGUGUGUGUGUGUGUGCUUUGCAUGAACAGGGACCACAUUGCUGUUGUUUCAAUAAAACUGGUUUGAUCUCUGAAGUGUUUCCAUGACGUAUCUUUUUUGGACAAAUCUGAAGUUUGUGAAAUAAAAUGUUUAAGACCACC